AUGGCCCAACCCGGACCCCACCACAUGCCGCAGGACGAAGACCCCGCCUCGAAGCACAAGAAGCAACAGCAUAACAAUGCAGGCCCAGAUGCACAUCCCGGCGGCGGUAAUGCACGCACAACUGGCGGCAGUCCCUUCCCUGAGUGGGCAGACAUUCGCAGGAGCAUCGAACAGCUGCCCCCACCAACUUUCAUAAUUCUCGCUGCCCUCUUCGGCUUGUACAUAAUUUUUUCCUCUAGCCAACAAAACCAGCGGUCAGCAGCAGACCUUUCUUCUCCCGUCGUCCCCUCCGUUGUCACAACCACAAUCUACCAACAACAACCCUCUUCUACACCCGAAGUCGUCGUUGAUCACUCGCCCAAGAUGUCUACCGAGCAGACCUUCAUUGCCAUCAAGCCUGACGGCGUUCAGCGCGGCCUCAUCGGCCCCAUCGUCUCUCGCUUCGAGAGCCGUGGCUUCAAGCUCGUCGCCAUCAAGCUUGUCACCCCCGGCAAGGACCACCUCGAGGCUCACUACGCUGACCUCAAGGAGAAGCCCUUCUUCCCCGGUCUGAUCAACUACAUGCUCUCCGGCCCCAUCUGCGCCAUGAUCUGGGAGGGCCGUGACGCCGUCAAGACCGGCCGCACCAUCCUCGGUGCCACCAACCCCCUUGCCUCUGCCCCCGGCACCAUCCGUGGCGACUUCGCCAUUGACGUCGGCCGCAACGUCUGCCACGGCUCCGACUCCGUCGAGAACGCCAAGAAGGAGAUUGCCCUCUGGUUCAAGGACGGCGAGGCCGUUCAGUGGAAGACUGCCCAGUUCGACUGGAUCUACGAGAAGCCUUAG